AUGUUAAGCUUGCAUCAGAUAAACGGGUGGAAUGUUUCACAUAAGCUGCAGAAGCGUAAGCUUCUCAUUGCUGUCAACUGCGUUGCGGGCUUAUCAAUCUUCUUCUUUGGUUAUGAUCAGGGCCUGAUGGGUGGUGUGAACAAUGCCAAAGACUACAUCCACCUCAUGGGGUUUGGUUAUACUGAGGACCGUGGCGAGGAUCGAAAUGUCCCAGUCAUCAAUGACAGCCUCUUGCAAGGCGGUAUCGUAGCCUCUUACUAUCUUGGCUGUCUCGUGGGAGCACUGCUUGGAGGCUGGGUUGGUGACAAAAUCGGCCGAAUCAAAACGAUUGCGACUGGAGCAGCCUGGAGUAUUGUCGGUGCUAUCUUGCAGACAUCUGCACAGAACCACAGCUGGAUGAUAUGCGCUCGUGUUCUCAACGGCUGUGGCACUGGCAUCUUAAAUGCCAUCGUACCAGUAUGGGCCACCGAAACAGCCGACUAUACAUCACGUGGUCAGUUCAUCACUAUCGAGUUCACUCUCAAUAUCUUCGGCGUGGUUGUCGCAUAUUGGCUUGAGUACGGACUUGCAUAUGUCGAUGGCGGUGUCACAGCAUUCCGGUGGAGGUUUCCUAUCGCCUUCCAGAUCGUUCCUCUUCUGUUUCUACUGGGAACGGUCUGGUUCUUUCCGGAGUCACCAAGAUGGUUGACCAAAGUCGGCCGAGAGGACGAGGCUCUCUAUGUCCUACAAAGACUGCGCGGCGACGGCUCCGACCCAGCUGAUGCAGGCAGAGCGCAGGCCGAGUUUGAGGACAUCAAAAAUAUUGCUGAGCUCGUGAGGUCUGCGAAAAACAGCACAUCAUACUCGUCGAUGCUUACCGGAAGAGGAUCCGGCAAGCUUCAUACUGGGAGACGUAUUCAACUUGUCAUCUGGCUCCAAAUCAUGCAGGAUUGGGUGGGAAUAGCAGCGGUGACAGUUUAUGCACCGACCAUUUUUCGAAUUGCUGGGUUCGAUACUAACAAGAGCCAGUGGCUGAGUGGUCUGAACUUCGUUACUUACAUGAUUUCCACCCUUAUCUGCGUUUUUACUCUUGACAAGAUCGGAAGACGCUGGACGUUGUACUGGGGCUCUGUGGGUCAGGGUAUCGCAAUGUUUCUCGCUGGAGGGUUUAUUUGCCUAAGUGCCGACGCCAUUGCAGACAAUGAUACGGCAAAGGCAAGCUCAUAUGGCAUUGCAUCUGCGUCUAUGGUCUUCAUCUUCACCGCCAUCUUUGGUGCUACGUGGUUGACAGUCCCAUGGUUGUACCCGGCGGAGAUCUUCCCUCUCGCAGUGCGAGCAAAGGGCAAUGCUUGGGGUGUAGUUGGCUGGAGCAUUGGAAACGGAUGGCUGACUCUCUUGUGCCCAGUCAUGCUCGGGGCCAUUGGCGGGAAAACGCUUUACAUCUUUGGUGUUUGUAAUGUCCUUAGCAUACCAAUCGUUUGGGCUUUAUACCCGGAAUCCAAUCAGCGCACCUUGGAAGAGAUGGAUCUUUUGUUCGCUGCGGACACUCCAUGGAACUGGGAUGCCGAGCGUAACUUCAAGAAGCUGUGUACAGAGAAUCCCCAUCUUGUGCAGGUGGCUCAACGAGGUCAAUCUGUGGUAGAUCCGGAGAGAGGCGUCCGCGAGAGCCGCAAAGCUAGCUAUGCUGAUGUCUACGGGAGUGGACGGACUGACAGCAUCGAGAAGAGUUCAGGCACCAGCGGUAUGAUGGAGAAGUCCUGA